AUGUAUUGGUGCAAGUCAUGCAUCCUCAUCUUCGAGAAGCCCUGGUCACUCUUCCAACACAUGGCUGACAAGGCGAAGGGAGCCAAAGUUCAACGCUGGGAAAAGAAGGUUCACCUUGAUUGGAUCGAUAGUGUAGCAGGUCUGAUGGCAGGUCACGAUCUUGGCCUAUUUAGCUUAAUGAAAUUGCGCACUGAUCUACGAAACCUCCUGGCUGAUCAGCAUACAAUGGAGGAAGAGAUGGAAGCAGCUGCGGUAGCGGCUGCAGCGAUGGUCCAGUGGUUAGCGCCAAUCAGCAGUCCCUGGAGACUGCACCAGCGGGAAAUGAUGCGCAAGAUAGAGAAUCUUCAUCGCCAAAUGCUGCGUCGUGCAGGAGGGGCUGCAGCAAUGGCUAGAGCAGCUCUCACUAGUGGUUCCAACUGUUUUCCAUUCCUCCCGCCAUCUCCUUCUUGCCUCAAUGGACGCUUUGGUUAUCGCACUUUUCGUAGCUCAAUUCAGCAACAGAAUCAGCAGCAACCGUUUCCCGAAACAAAUGGAGAUCAUCCAGCUUCCACACCUCCCCGUUUAGUCUUCCCCAACGUUGAUGAAAAUGGACAGCCUGUGGAUGAGGUAGCUGCGGAGGAAGGUACCCAAGAGGAGGUCGAAAAGCCAGACGUUGGUGGGGUUGAAGAUGCAGAAAAUAAUAAUGAGAUUGUGACUGAAUCGGAAAUCCACGUUGCAGGUGCAUCAGGCGACCACCCCACUGCAUGUUCUUCGCAUAAUGCAAAAAAUGAGCAAAUACAAGACAACAUGGAAUCGCAAAACUCCACAAUUUCCACCAAAAGGCAGGCGAAUUCGAAUAACACUAACAGCGCGACUGUACUCCCUUGUCCCCGUGGGGACAUGGACGCUGGUGGAAGGGGAAAUUUUAACAGAUUCGGUCGGACGAAUGGGAGAAGCUUUCGUGGUGGAUUGCUGUCGACAAACCGGAGCAAACCGCCCAACUUAGGGCAUCGUCACUUCGACCGGCCUGGGUCGCGGUCGAUCUCGCAAGCUGUCCGUCAAAUUGCCUCACCAACGAAGUUGGAUUUGAAUUGCGGUUUCACUGACGACGAGGUGGAGGAGCUUCUAUGCCAGGGCAUAAAACCUUGGGACAGUGAGGCUUCAGCAGCUUUGGCCGUUCUGCACGUUUCUAGCUCUCUUUUAUAUCUUCUAUGUUCAUUUAUACCCAAAAAGCAUCCCACUUACUUUACCGUUCCACUUUCAACAAAAAAGAAACAAAAAAAAAUUGCAAGGAAAAAAGGUAUGUCAAAACAUUUCCAACAUGCAAUCAAGCAUCCAAGCUUAUUUGGAAAGUUGUUUGAAAGAGGAGAUGUACUUCGCAUCUUCCCGAAAUGGGUCCGCCUGCUCCACCAACUCAAGCGUGGAUUCGCCUCUCCCCAGAGGAGAGGGGCCCUCAUGUUUAGUCUCCCGCUCUCUGCACGUGCGUGCGUGUGCACACGUGCUUCCCACACGCAUAACCUCUGUGGUUUUUCUUUCCUCGCUUUAAUGAUUACUACAUGUGUCGUUAUUAUUAUUCUUAUGUUCGACGCAGAAUAUAUAGUAAAUGCUAUGCCAACUUUCCCUCAUUGUCGUUCCUUCCCUUCUGCAUCUUCGCGUUUGCACGCAUUUGUAAGGUAG